AUGUCCGUGAAUCCGAUCGAAAUACCUCCUUCCCGCCUCCCAGGGGAUGAUAUACCCAUCUACAAGGACGAUAAUAUUUCUGUGUCUGCAUUACCAGUUUCUACUGAGAUCCAUUCACUGGAAUACUCAGAAUCGGUAAUAAUGUCACACUCUGGAACCAGUGCCGUUAACAGGAGAUCGGGAAAGAGGAAGUGUUCGUCUUCCCCUGCUGCACCACCACUACAGGAAGUCAUAUCUCACCCUGACUUCGACCCUACCACACUCGUCAGCGACAUGGCACAGGAAUGGCUUCGUCGCAUUGUGCGCGCAAUGUUUCCUGGGUCUGCCGCCAGACAUUCUACUGGACGUUGAUGGUGUUGAGCACGGCCAAGGGAUUGUGGGUGUCUUUCUCUAAGUUACAGAAGUGCGUGUAUUGUACGUUUUUAUGUUGCUUCACCACGCUAACCAUCUUCAUUUCCAUAAAUGCCCAAGACACGAGGCAGUUCGCCAUCACCGUCUGCUCCCAACCAGUCAUAACCGACUGCACUGGUUACAUGCGUCCAACAUUUGUCUUCACAGUUUCAAGCCCGACCGAGACAUCAAGCGAGUAGCACACCUCUCCAACAAACUUUCAAGCUCAAGUCUU